AUGGGCAUUCACGCACAACAAGAUUUUCUUCCUCGCAUCCAUCGGUCGAUGCCGCGAGCCACCAAGUCCCCGCGCGAGCUCUCAAAACGCUCAAACUCUCGCCGUCUUUCCCAUCCUGUGGCCAUUAAACUACCCGAGGACGUUGGUGCACUGAAGCAGAAAAUUCUCAAGUCACAUCCAGCUAAGUUCAUGCGCUUCAGUUUGAGCCAUAUGCGCCACGUAGCCGUUCCACCCGUGCUUAUUCCAGACUUAUUCAACGACCAUCGUGCCAUUCGAACGCUUGUGUCCGGAAAGAACGUGCCGCUUACCAUGCGCAUGUGGAAGAACAGCAAGAGACAAGUACGACAUCUCGACAUGAUUGACGAGUACGUCACCUACCGCUAA